AUGCAUCUCACACUCGCUUGUGGUGUCCAGUCGCUCAUUACUUUCCUGACCUGCCUUAACGUCAUAUUCAUUAAUCAUGUCAGCGCUCUUGCCAGCACCGACACAAUCACCUGGGGCGGCUCAAACGACAGAACUGGCUAUCAAAACAAUCACAACAUGGACCCGACAAUCGUCGGAAGCGCUCAAUUUGGCCUACUCUACAAAACCCAAUUGCCUGGAACUUAUCUCAUCAACGGACAAAAUGUGCCCGAACAAAUAUUCUCUCAGCCUCUGGUCUACACCGGCUCUGAUGGUGUUCAAUUUGUCUACGUCGCAACAACUCAGAACAAUGUGUACAAAAUCAAUGCAAAGACCGGCGUGAUCGUGGCUUCUCGAAAUUUGCAUCGUCCGUUCCUGGUCAGUGACCUGAAUGGAUGUGUUGAUAUUAAUCCUACUGUCGGCGUGACCGCCACUGGUGUGAUUGACCCAGAUACGGAUACUUGGUAUUUGACGUCAAAAACCUAUACAGACCAAAGCCUCAACGGUCCGACUGGCCGUCCAAAUGGUCGCUACUACAUACAUGCUAUCAGCACCUUGGAUCUUUCAGAGAAGCCCAAUUUCCCCGUCAAUUUGGAAGGCAUGGCUGCCAGAAACAACCCUGUACGAUCUUUCAAUGGUGGUAUCCAUCACCAACGUCCUGGUUUACUUCAUACUGGAGAUUAUGUCUACGCCGGUUUUGCUAGUCAUUGUGUCCAAUGGAACUUUACCGGCUGGAUCGUGGGCUGGCACAAACAGACUGGUCAGCUAGUGGAAAGAUUUGCGACAGAAGGGGCCGGUGUUGGGUCCGAUGUCCCGGGAGCUGGAGUGUGGAUGUCCGGCGGCGGGCUGGCAAGUGAUGGCAGAGGCUCGAUGUUUUUCGCCACCGGCAACGGCUAUGCUUCCCAACUCAAUGGCGUACCGGUCAAUGGACGACAUCCGCCAACUUCCCUCGAAGAGGCAGCUGUUCACAUGUCAAUCAAUGAAGAUGGCUCUUUGACGGUGGUUGACUUCUUUAUGCCCUGGGAAAAGACUCAGCUGGAUGGCGCCGAUAAAGACCUUGGGACAUCACCUUUAGAACUUCUUCCCGCCCAAUUCUCAUGUGGCAACAUCACAAGGAUGGGCGUAGUGACCGGCAAAAGUGGCAAGACAUACUGGCUGGAUCUUGACAACCUCGGAGGUUAUCAAAAUGGACCUAACAAGCUUGACAAUGUCAUUCAGGUCUACCAGAACGAGAACUCAGUCUACGCUGGUGCAGGUGUCUACCCGUUGGAAGGAGGGUACAUCUACAUCAAUGUUAUCCAGUAUCAGACUCAUGUGUUCAAGUUCUCUUGCGACAACGGCGUUCCGUACUUCAACAAAGUGGCUGAUUCCCCAGAAAAGAAUGCUUACGUCCUCGGGGUCGGUCAUGGCACGGUCACUUCUCUGAACGAUCAGCCAGGUACUGGCUUGGUUUGGACAUCAGAUGUCGAAGGCUCCAAUCUCCGAAUUUACAAUGCAGUGCCUGAGAAUGGCCUGCUCAAGGAGAUCAACUCUUUUGUCACGCCUGGGACCACAAAAUUCACAAGACCUGUCUUCGGUGACGGCAUCGUAUAUCAAUGCACUACACUUGGAUACCUUUAUGCGUAUGGAGCACCUGUCAAUCUACCCCUUGUAUGCAGCGGUCUUCAAUUCGGCACAGCCAACCUCAAUACCACGACAUCCGCUAUGGCCGUCCAAUGUCAGGCCAAAACUGCUCUUACCGUCACUGCAGCAAGCCUUUCGGGCAAUUCCAAUUUCGCCUUCACUGGCCUUCCUGCCUUGCCAUUUGCUGUAAACCAGGGGCAAAACUUCUCCUUUCAGGCAACUUUUACUCCUCAAACCGUUGGCCCGCUCUCCUCGUCGGUGAUCCUGAACACUACCCAGCAAGCAGGUGGCUUCAGCAUCAAUACGCCUGUUAACCUCAAAGGUACUGGUCAGAGUCAGGCCCCACUCCUGAUGAUCACUCCAAACACCGUCAGCUGGAACGGAGUCAUUACAGGACAAGAAGCUGGAGGAGUCAAUCAAUCGGUCAUUAUCAGCAACCUUGGCAACGGCCAGUUAAGCAUCACCAGCGUCUCCUACUCGGUUAUAGGAGAGACGGGUCCAUGGACAACGCCUAAUGGUACGCAAGCAGCAACUGUUGUAUCCGCUUUCACGUUUUACAGCAUGCCAUCAUCAGUAGCGCCGAACAGCGCUGUGACUGUUCCUAUCAAUUUCAAUCCGACGUCGAGUGGAGAGUAUGCUGUCUUCGUCAAGGUUGACAGCAAUGGAGGAUCAAAAGUGUAUGAUGUACUUGCCGCAGGUUCGGACCAACCUAAAGCUGUCCUCGAAUUCCAGACUUCUGAUGGCGGAUGGGUCCAGUAUCAGAACGGCAAAUCCUUUAGCUUUGGAAAUGUCACGGAAAACACGACUCGCUACCUCAAGUUACGGCUUACCAACAACGGCACUACAAACGCAGCCCCCAUCUCGGUAACGGUCAGCAAACCUCCCUUCGGUAUUUCUGGGAGUAUUGUUGGUAGCAACAACAAUGUCGAUCUUGCCGAAGGCAGCCUUGUAUAUGCCGGACAAAAUGCCACCGCUACGCUUUAUUGUUCGGUUCCCAAGAGCCAAAUCAACGUCGAUCCCUACAAUGGGACAGCUCAGUGGACCAUGAAUCUCAACGAUCCUACAUUCGGCAAGCAGUUGAUUCAAUUCUCCUGCAAUGCGGUCUCUGAACAAGCAGCACCGCUGAACCCUGUCACUCAACAAGGAAUCUACAGAUAUGCAGGCUGUUUCAAAGAAAACAACCCUGGUCGGCAGCUUCAAACUAACAUAUACAGCGGCCCGCUCAACACGAAUGAGCAAUGCGUCGCGAAGUGUUCGGCUGCUGGAUAUAUUUUUGCUGGGACACAGUACACUCAAGAAUGCUGGUGUGGCUAUAAUCGCCCUAUACUGGUCACUGACGAUGCCAACUGCAACUUUGCUUGUACCGGAAACAACAAUGAGAUUUGCGGCGGCAACGGAAUCAACGGGGAUGGUUCCUUCAUGUCUUUGUUUGGCGAUAUCACUCGCUGGAACGGCAACACUACAGAUGCUCCAGGCCCGUACGUCAACCCUGGUGUUCUUGGCUUCAAUAGCCUUGGCUGCUACACUGAAGGGUCUCAGACUCGUGCUUUGAAUGUGCAGCCAACCUCCAACAAUACUGUGGCCGGCUGUAUUCAAGGUUGCCAGGGCUAUUUGUAUGCAGGAGUGGAGUAUGGAGGUCAAUGCUUUUGUGGGAACUCCUUAUCGGCUGGAGCGGUCAGCGCUACCGCAACAGACUGCAGCAUGGCUUGUAAUAACAAUCAGACAGAGCUCUGCGGAGGUCCAAGUCGUCUCAACAUGUACAUUUACGGCAACGGUACUCUCCUUACAUCGACACCUACAGCUGGGACAGGAGGAGGCAAUAAUCCCGCCAAACCAACAGGUCUUGCUGUUCCGCCAGCCAUCGGCAAUUUCAGCUAUGUGUCCUGCUAUACCGAGGCAACUACUGGCCGAGCGCUUAGCGGCUUCACUCUGGCUGACAACAGCAUCACUCUUCAAACCUGUGCAAGCAACUGUACCCAGUAUCGAUAUUUUGGGGUCGAGUAUGGCCGCGAAUGCUACUGUGGAAACACCAUCGCGGCAGGCAGUGCACCAGCCACUGAUGGUCGCUGCAAUAUGGGCUGUGCAGGCAACUCGAGUGUUCUGUGUGGUGGACCCAGCGGUCUGACUCUGUACAACAACACACAGUGGACGUCAACACCCACUACUCCUGCUCGACCCACCGGGCCAACCAACGUUCCCAGUGUUGGUAAUUACCAAUAUUCUGACUGUCACACUGAAGCCACAAAUGGGCGUGCUCUUACGGGCUUCGCCAUCGCCUCAAACGACAUGACUGUGCAGUACUGCGCAGGAAAUUGCACCGGCUUCACCUACUUUGGUGUUGAGUACGGUCGAGAGUGCUACUGUGGAAAUAAUAUCGGCACAGGUUCGGUCACGGCUACGGAUGGACGAUGUUCCAUGACUUGUGCCGGCAACUCGUCGACCAUUUGUGGUGGACCAAAUGGGUUGAGCUUCUACAAAUUCAUCGCGCCUUCAAAUUCGAGCUCAAGCAGUUCUAUGUCGAGCACGAGAAGUACCACAUCAACACCGCUCCUUUCAAUGUCGACGUCGAGUACAUCUACGAUAAAUCGCUUCUCCAAUUCUACCACGACAUCAAGUCUCAGUCUUCCGUCCACAUCGACUAUCAGCGCAGUUGCGACGAGUCGCUCGUCAACUCUUACGACAUUGGGUAGCAUCGCAAGCAGACCUUCAACUCCAAGCAGUCCGAUCAGCGUAAUCUCGACGUUAUCGUUGUACGCCAAUUCGAGCACAUCCAUGACUACCCGACCUUCGACCUCGAACUCAAUCCAAAGUUCAGUAUCCAGCUUGAAUGGUACUUCGACAACGACCUUCACAACCUCAGUCCGUUCCACUUCAAGUGUCAUUGCCUAUACUAGCACGGCUUCGACGGCUUUGUCGACUUCAACAUCAUUAGGCAGAUCUUCAUCACUUACGACCACGGCUUCGACAUCUCGUCUUUCAAGCCUCAGCACCAGCCUUUUGUCCUCAAGCACCUCCCAGUCUGGGUCUUCAACUUUGACAUCAAGCACGAACACGACUGCUGGCGCAAGCCGUAGCUCCGGCUCCACGGGCGCCACCGCCGCUGGGGCAAGCUCUACCUCAACUUCGCUCACGUUUACUGCAUCCGGCUCUUUCUCAUUGAGUAGUAGCACAUCAUCGACUUUGUCGAGGUCCACUACGAUACUCAGCACAACGGUGAGCACCACCGGCAACCCCAGUUUUAGCACGAGCUUCGUUGUACGGACGUCCUUGAGCAGCACCGCAGCCUCCACCCUAAGCUCAGCAUUGACUCCAGUGUCUACGCGCUCGAGCAGCUCAAUUUCGAUCUCUACCUCGUCAUCAUCCCUCUUUUCGAGGGUCUCAUCCAGCACCCCGACAACUCCUCCCACCACAAUCACCACAACCACCAGCGGGACCUCCUUUGCCACCAGGACUACUACUACUAGCUCGACCGCGAACGCCUUUUACCCAAACAUAUACAUAGGCUGUGCCUCGGAACUUGCCAACUCGCGCCUGCUCUCCAGUCUCUCCACCACCAACUCUAGCAUGACCAUUGAAAUGUGUCUCUCAUUCUGCACAUCGCAAAACUUUCCCCUCGCCGGCCUCGAGUACUCUCGCGAAUGUUACUGCUCGUCGUCCUCGUCCCUACCACCCAACACGGCCCUCAACGCCACGGACUGCAACAUGCCCUGCGCCGGCGACCCCAGCCAGACAUGCGGCGGCCGCUCUCGCCUGAGCAUAUAUAACAACACAUCGCUGUCCCCGCCGUCCGCCAAGGCCUCGGUCUCGGGAUACACAUACCAGGGCUGCUUCACGGACCCGAGUAGCUCGCAACGCACGUUGUCGGGCUACAGCACGAGCAACGGCGCGAUGACGCAGGAGUUAUGCGUCUCUACGUGUGCGGGCCGUGGGUACAGAUACGCGGGCGUCGAGUACGCACGUGAAUGUUACUGCUCGAAUGUGCUUGGGUUGGUGGCGGAUGGCACGGGCAAAGGCGUGCAGACGGGAGAGGGCGAUUGCAGCAUGCUGUGCGCGGGGGACAAGGGAGAAGUUUGUGGUGCCGGGAAUAGGAUUGGGGUUUGGAUGGCUCAGUAGUAGCUUUGAUGAACCUUUUUGGGGGGACUGCUUCUACAUUCUUUUCAGUGGUUGCCGAGUGAGUUGAAAUGGGAUGGUUGAAGGGGAGACAAGCUCACAACCGCGGAGUCGUUCUUUCUUGAUGACGACGGAUCUUGGUGGUCGUGCAGAUGCUCGGCUUCGCGUGGGUUCAAGUCACUGGGAAGGAAGAACGAGGGGAGCAUGUUGUUCGUUUCUUUGGGUUACUUCGUUCGCGUUGUAUUUCUAUUCACUUCAGACUCGUCAAUUCUUCAAAACUACAGAGUACUGCAUUUCGAUAUUCA